GACCACAGUCAGUCGGCCUCGAUGACGGAAUGUGUGAAAUUUUAAGAUGGUGAUGAACUGUGUUUCUGUUUUCUCGGUUUCCAUUAGAUAAUUUAGUAUUGGUGCUUUGACAUUUUGUUGAUAUAAUCAAAAUGUUUUCUUCUAUACGACCACAAGAACAUUAAAACUUUUCCCCCUGGUUUAAUAGACUCUGAGUGUUAAACGUGUUUGUCGGAUCAUUGACAUUGUUUCCUUACAAAAAUUUUGUACCAUCGCGAUUGUAAUGUUGAUGCUGCUAUCGUGUGCAUUUGUUGCGCUCAGUAAAUGGAUUAGGCGAUUCUGAUGUUUCCGAAGUCAUGGAGAGGCAGGAGCGCACACAUGCCAACAUGGAGGCCACAGACACUGUGGACACCAAACAGUCAAAGCAACGAGCGUCGAUUAAAUGGCUGUUGUCGAAGGCAUUCAACAACCGGGUACCGGAGAAUCUCCUAGAGCCAUUCUACAGAGACCAUGAGGACCAAGAGCAUCUAAAGCCGCCCAUAGUGGGUGGCUUGGCCAACGCGGAGCUGUACUGCCUCGCGUUGGCCAACAUGUACUCGGACCCGAACUACCACAGUCUGAACCACUGGAACAUCCUGCAGACCCUCGCGCGGAAGGGCGUGCAGGUGCCCGACCCGCCCGACUGCGCGCUCACCGAAACUGUGCUCAUUCAGACAAACCCGCUUAAAAUGGGCGCGCAUUUAGCUGUGAUAGAGGCUGUGAUGACGCUGUACGCGCGGGAGGUGGUGACGCUGGACCGGGUGUCGGCCGCGGCGCAGCGGUUCGGCGCCUCGCAGCCGCCGCCCGCGGGCUCCACGAUACCCCACGAGGACGGCUUGCUGUGCUGGAUCAACGCGGCGUGCACUGCGCUCAAUAAAGCUGAGGAGAACUCAUCGUCCCACGUGCCGAUGGUGAAGAGUCUCCAGGAUCUAUGCGACGGCACCGCGCUGGCCGCGCUCAUCUCCUUCUACUGCCCAGAAGACCUGCCGCGUUCGGCGGUGAAGGUGGGGCGCAUGGCCUCCAUACAAGACUGCCUCCACAACCUGAUGCUGGUGUAUGACUUCUGCCAGCACAGCUUGCCCCACAACGUGUUCCAUAUGUUGCCGGAGGACGUCACUUACAUGCGGGGGUCAAUGCGACAGAACUUAAUAGCAAUGCUAGCAGAUCUGUUCAACAUGUUAGAAGUUCAUCCAGUUAAAUCAGUAAAAUACCCGGGAAGCGCGGGCGUGGGCGCGGACAGCAACGCGUACGGCGUGCGGCACAGGCGCAGCCUGCCGCCGCCGCCGCCCGCCGCCAUCCCCGACCUGCGCGCCGAGCCAGCCCACCCGCACCACCCCACGCAGCCGCCCUUCGCAGUGUCGCGAUCGCCAUCAGCGUGCGGCAUAAGGCCGCGGGGGCCUGCCAGCCGAUCUUCCUGCUCGACACCAGAAAGGCGGAGUUGUAGUCCACAAAGAGAUGAAUUUGUGGUCCACAGUCGGAAAGCUAUCACUACUCUAUCAGCUAUGGCGAGGCGGGAUGAAGACAGCAUGUUUGUGGACCAAAAAACGGCGGGUCGGCCGUCAAACUGGGCGGACUCCCGGGAAGGCAGCUUCGCGGGGCGACGCUCCAGGAGAUCCUCUAUCACGGACGACAGUCAACUCACUGUGGAGAACUUCGGAGGCUCGCAGGAUCGGUUGCACUUCGCUGGCAAAAAUCCUGAGAAGGAGUUGGCCACUGUAGCUAAUGUUAGGAAAAUAUCUGCACCUGCAGGCCCCAUAGACUACAACCCACCCGUGCGCUCGACGCGGCAGGACACCCGCGGCUCCAUACAGUUCAUACACGACGACUAUCAAAACGGCGCCGCAGACGAGCGACAGAAGAGCGUGGAGCGACAGCACAGCCAGCCGCAGACUAGCGACUCGCCCGUCCAGCCAAUCAAGAGGCAGCUCAGUAGUGACACCAUCACGCUGUCGCAAAACCUCGGCUUUAACUAUAAAGGUGGUGGGGACGGUUUCUACUUGAACGAACGCGAUGCGCCCGACGGUGACGUCACCAAAACUAGCUUCGCUGAUCUUGCUAAGAUGAGGACUAAUGGAGACCAACAAGGUGCGGGCGAGCCUGAGCGACGGAAAUCGUCGUUCUCGACGCUGGGGGGCAACGCGACCACGUGGCAACAACAUUUCAUGCAGCUGGAACACCAACCCAAUGGCGAUGACGCAACGGAAGAUUCAGUGACGUCACCGACGGGUGGGCAGGCGAUGGCUGCACAACUCAACAACAUCCGGCUAAAGCUGGAAGAGAAACGGCGCCGCAUCGAACAGGACAAGCGGCGCAUGGAGCUCGCGGUGAACCGGCAGCGACAGCAGCUGGGUCAGCAGGCCUUCCUGCAGGCUGUCACUAGGGAUGCGUUUUUGCAAUACCAGUUAGCCUCUUUGGGCAAGGGCGCGCGCACACCGGCGGACGCUGCCGUCGCGGAACAGACGCAGGAAAUGGCGUUGGAAGCUUCUAAUCAGAGCGCCGAGAACGCGGCGUUAGAACAGUAUCAGCAAUCCAUUGUGAAAAUGAACUCCAGCCUGCAGGAUAUACAGAGCGACAUCGCGCGGCUCGCCAGCCAGCAGACCCAGCUGCAGCAGCAACAGCAGCAGCAGCAGCAACAGCAGCAGCAGCAACAACAACAGCAGCAGCAGCAACAACAACAGCAGCAGCAGCAGCAACUGCAGCAACAGCUGGCGGCUCAGCAGCAGCAGCUGCAGCAGCAAGCGCAACAGCUUCAGCAAGCGCAGCAGCAAGCCAAGCAGAUGUUCCAGCAGCAACUACAACAACAACAGCAGCAAACACAAACUUCCUUCCAGCAACAGUUUCAACAAAACAUUCCACAAUUGCACAGCCAAUUCAGCUCACAGCACAAUGUGUCGCGCGCGCCCAACGCGUUCGGUUCCACGCCGCACAUCGCGCGGGAGUUGUUCGAGGCGCCGAGCCCGCAGCCGGCCGCCCCGUUCCUCUACCAGUUUAGGGACAUGGAGCCGGAGUACGCGCGCCAGCAGUUCUUCCUGCACGAGAGCCCGCCGCAGCGCCGCACGUGGGCGCAGCACGCGCAACACGCACAACUGCAGCAGGAGAAUGCCGAGCUCAGGGGCUGGCAGCUACACCAACAAAAUCAUCAGCAACCUCCAUACCAGCCACAGCAACCCGAGCCUGCGCAGCGAACUUGGAAGUCCCCCUCCCCGCAACCCCAACCGCCACCCGAGAGGACGUGGACGCCUCAGGGCUUUAGGUUGCACGAACGUACCACGCCUCCCACAUUCCCCGUGCACUACGCGGAUAGGUAUCAGAACGGUACAGAAAAUACUCGCGAGGCCCAAAACCACCUCAGCUACACUGUGAUAAGCCCUAACCAAUACCCCGUCGCGUCCCAGUCCCCGCCCACGCAAAGCCCGCGUCGGUCGCAAACGCCCCAGCGGCAAGGCUCCCUACCCGAGGCGAAACGACCCGAGCCCCUCGGCCUGCACCAGCUGCACAGUCCCGCGCCGCCCGAGGACAUGGAACCCCAAAACAUUUCCUUCAUAGGCAACGCGGAAGAUGACGCUUUGAGACAAGGAAUCAACCGAUUAAACAUCUCCUCCGGCACGCGCACGUACCGCAUCCCCUCCCCGACCAGGCCGUCCCUGGGCAGAAAUUCCUUCCAAAGAUUCGAGCAGCGGGAAGAACCGAACGAGAAAGGCUUCUACAUUUCAUUCGAUAACGAGCAACCGAAAAGACCCAAACCACCCUUGCGGGCGAAACGGGGUUCCCCGAGGAAGGACCGCGCGGAGUUUUCGAGUCCGGAGCGAAGUCCUGAAAACACGUGGAGUGAACGGCUGCCCGAAGACAGGAUGGAUGCGCCGCGACCUGACGUGCAGAGGCACUCCCCACCGCGGGAGCGAGCGCGCCCGCCCAGCGCCGAGCCCGCCGCGCUUGUCAUCGGCGAACUGCACCCUGACCCCAAUUCUGCCGAAGAAAUGGAACGUAAAAAAGAACGCAUAAUGCUCAUGUCCCUGCAACGACGGCAAAGAGCGGACGAGGCGCGAGCGCGGGCCGAGGCGGCCGCAGCCGCGCGCAAGGCGCGGGACGAGGCCGAGGCGGAGAUGAAGGCCGCGAGGAAGGAGGAGCAAGCGAGGCGGAGGCAGGCCAUCCUUCAACAGUACAAGCUGAAAAAGGCGAUGGAAGAAGCCGAAAGAGAGGGCAAAGUCCUCGACAAAUCGGAAUACCUAGAGAUAAUGAAAGGGGGCGGAGGGACGCUGCCCGCGCCGGCGGGGGGCGGGGCGCGGUUGCGGGGCAAGGUGCCUGCACGAGCUCGCCCCAAGACCAUCCACGUGGACAGCGGGGCGCUGCAGGCCGCCGAGGGCAUGCUGGGCAGCAAGCAGCCUUCCUCCACCAACCUCACUGGCACGAUGCGGCGCGACUACUACCGCGGCUCGCAGGACAACCUCGCCGAAAGGGCCGCUAUGUAUCGAGAUUCGCCAGUGGAUGACCGAGGAGGUAUGUCACCAAGCAGCGCGUCGAGCGGCGCGCUCGGUCGACGCGGCUCCUGCAAGACGUCACGAGAGCGCGUGAAUGAUGAACCACAGUCGACACGUGGAAGGUCUAAAUAUUCCACUUACCAGAGUAACUUUAAGGCGGGGAGGAAAUCUAGCUCUCUUAUGAACUUGUGCGACUCGGGGCUGGGUCGCGCGACGCCGCCGCGCCGCGCCGCGUCGCCCGGCCUGCGCGCGCUCGCGUCGCCCGCGUCGGGCCCCGGCUCGCUGCCCGGCGCCAUCGGCAAGCGGCGCCCGCACGACGACAACUCCGACGUGUCCUCCACUCACUCCUCCAUCAUGGACUACUCCGGUCCGCGAUUAUACAAGCAACCGGCGACGAAAUCGAAUAGAGGGAUAAUGUUGAACGCGGUGGAGUACUGCGUGUUUCCGGGCGCGGUGAACGCGGAGGCCAAGCGGCGGGUGUUGGAGGAGAUAGCGCGCUCGGAGAGCAAGCACUUCCUCGUGCUGUUCCGAGACGCGGGCUGCCAGUUCCGCGCGCUGUACAGCUACUGCCCCGACACCGACACCGUCGCCAAGCUGUACGGCACGGGGCCCAAGCACGUCAACGAUCGCAUGUUCGACAAGUUCUUCAAAUACAAUUCGGGCAGCAAAUGCUUCUCGCAAGUCCACACGAAGCACCUCACGGUGACGAUAGACGCGUUCACGAUACACAACUCUCUGUGGCAGGGCAAGAAGGUGCAGCUUCCGAGCAAGAAAGACAUGGCGCUCGUCAUCUAAACCUCGAGCCUAGCGCUCCGUGACGUCACACGACGACCGUGACGCGGCGAUGACGUCAUCGCUGCGAUCGAGCGGUCCGACGACGUAACUAAUUUUAAAAUAAAGGAAUCCACGUUAUCUAGUCGCCGGCGGCAGUCGAGUCAAGCCUUGCUACUCUUCAGUUAGGACGCUUCGGUAGAGCCAGUGUUUAUAUCGGUUAGUGCGUUUCAGCUCGCUAAUGUUGUACGUUCAGGUUGUUGGCUGCAUUUAACUUAGUCUUAAUGACGGAUUAAAUAAGGAACGAGAUGUUAAUCUGUGCCACUAAGACGGUCCGAGAAUGUAGUCGACCGAAGUGGUUGGUGCGAGGCGGCGAGAAACGACGCACGGAACGUUGUCGCCGCGAGUGUGUCAUAUUGUACAGUUAGGGUGCGCUUCUAGUGAAGCGGAGUGGAGACGUGUUUUCGACCAAUCAUUCUUGAUUACUAGCUUUUGCCCACAUUUUUAUACUUGAUACCUAUGUUACUUCUGGAUAUAAUAGCUUUAUAAUGGUGAAAUAAUUAUUAAAAUCGGAUCAGUAGUUUCAGAGUUUAUCGAUUACAAACAACAAACAUAAUAUGACUUGACGACAAGAUAUACCCGACGAGAUUUAUUCAGACUAUGAUAUCACCGCACAAGACUUGAAAUCUACAUUCUACAGUCAUAACGAUAACUAACAAAAAUAUUAGUAUAGAUUAUCCGAUGACAAUUUAAUCAGAUUAUUGAUAGUUGAAAUUAUCAUUUUAUCUAGUCUCAAUAAGCUGAUUGGUCGAAAAUACGUAUCCCCUCCUUUAGAAACACAUUCUUGGAGAGGAUGGGAUGGACGGAAACUCGAAUCUGGUAGACGAGACGCGGUGCCGGCGACCUGACUAGAGGAUCCUAUAGAUCCCUAAUUUUUUAUUAGCUUCGUAUUUAGAGGCGUCGUUUAUCGAUUUUAACGUGUUUUAGCGUAAUCAUUGCUUAAGUUAAUUGCAUUGGCUUUAAUAAAUGUAUGUUAAAAUAUUAUGCAGAAUGCUCUAGUUGGGUCGUCGGAGUGGUUGUGUAGCGAAUGGUCCGAAAUGCGUGUCGUUUUGAUUUACACUCGAGCUAUGUUCACUGUUGAUUACUUUGCGGCUUAUUCAAGUGGUUCGUAUUAAGUCACCGAGAAAUUCGUGAGCUAUAUAACUUUCUUACAGUUAAAUAAUGUGAUAGCUGCUAGCUAAAUGUGAAAUUGACAUCAACUUUUAUUAUGAUAUGAAAAUAAAAAUUAUGUUAUUUUGGCUUAACUUUCCAUACGAUCUGUUGAAAUUAUGUUUUUUUAUUCAGUAGUAGCCAGUUGUUUUAUACUGUCUGUCACACUCGUGUACAAAUAUGAGCGAUAUGUUCGGAGAAUUAAUUUAGUAUUUAAAAUAAUAUUUUUAUAAGAUACUAGCCAAUGUCCGGCAUGCGUUGCAAUGCGACUCGCGCGCCACCUGUACGUUGAUGGUACUAUGUCAGAAACCUCGCAAGUGUCGACACCAACUGUACAAAGUUUCAACUCAAUAGGAUGAACGAUACGCGAACGCAUACGUAACGAAAAGACAGACGGACUAACAUUAAUUUUUAUAUAUAAGAUUAAUAUUCAUGGUUGUGUUUGUAAUACAUGGUUUGUAUUCAGAACUGUACCAUACUUUAUGAUAACAAUAACGAGCUGUUCUCUCUUUUAUUUAAUUUCUUUAUUUUGACUAUUUUCUAUAUCUGAAAAUAUCCUCAAUUUUAGUUAAUAUACGCCUAAUUUUAAUAUUUCUAGUCUAAUAUUUUAAUGGUUUUCGAUACAUCUGUACACGAGUGUGGUGAUGCGCGCCGAUGUAUGUGUGUGUGUGUUUAGUUCGACGCGAGGGUGUCCGUGUGUGCGGUUUGCCAUAUGUAUUAGUGAGAGGGUCGAUACGUUCCAUUAUAUUUGUCUCAAACGACGUAACAGCAAUGCGAAGCGGGUAUUCGCUGGGGCUCGAUUGCGGAGCAGCUGCAUCAAUCAUUAUAUUACAAUCUCAAUCGUUGUGAUUGGCUGAAUUUAUGGUAUUCUUGUUGCAACAAUACAUUGUGACCAAUCAAGAGCGAGCGUCAACCAAUCAGAAGUGAUUGCGAUCGUGACAAUGUAGCUGUCAUUAUACCGCAAUCGAUCCCGAGAACACCUGACGACUCUCGCGAUCGCGAUGAGCUCACUUUUGACGUUUGCGUUUUAUAUUCACUGCCAUUUUUAUUAUAAUACUCAAUUUAAUAUAAUAGAUGAAGUUAUAGUGACCUUAUGAAGACGUUGUUCGGAGUUUUAUUAUAUAUUUUAUUAAUCCGGGGAUACUUGGUCCUUUCUAAAAGAGGGGGUGAAAUAUAACACUGGAAUUCAUAGUCAAGAUAGGGGCUUCUUUAGGGAAUCAUUCAGACGACAUAUUGUAUUCAACCUUUAUACGUUGCAUUUAGUUUGAAUAUGACACAAAUAUCGUCUCACUGGUCCCACAAAGAAGAACCUAUCUUGUCUAUGACAUUUCAGUGUAAGGCCUCAUUCGCACGACCGUUAAAAAAGCGCUUCGUUAAAACCCGGCGUUGCGCUGAAAAUACAAAGUGCGCGUUAAAAAGCGUUGACGUGUGAAUAGAUACUUGGGAAUGCAUUUGUUCUAUUUGAACGCUUUUUUAACGGUCGUUAAAAAAGCUCUCGUGCGAAUGAGGCCUUAGUCUACCUUUGAACUCAGCGCUGGAUACGCGUCAAACGUCAAAAUAUUCCCGAUCGCGCGAGAGUCGGAAUUGUCGCGAGCUUCGUAUCUCGUAAGGAAUAACAAAUUCACAAACUAAUCUUUGCUUACUCGUAAUAUUUAACUUGUUAGUAAUUAUUUCAAUUGACUGGAGUUAUGAUUAAGAUAAUGAGUAUUCGUUAAAAUUUGACCUUCAUUUUAGUUGAUUCAGAUGCAAUUUUUUACUGCUUGUAUAGCUAAAGUAAGACGAGGCACACUUUACGUGGUAAUUGUACUGCCUUAUUCUGUAAAUAAUUGUUUUCUUUUUGUAUACAGCUAUUUAUUAAAACGAUGUUAAACGAAAAAUUGAUGAGUAUCAUUUUUCAUUGUUCAAUGAUUGGUCAUCAGUUUAUUUACUACCGAUAGUGUAUGGUAUGCAAAUAUAUUGUAUUAUUAAAAAGCAUAACGAAAUAAUAUUGAAUUUCAUAUUAA